AUGGAAUCUUCAAAAAAACUCAAGAUUGCAAGUCUCGGUAGCUCCUUUGCUGCCGGUCCUGAAAUUCCCCCACAAAUCGAACCAAAAGCUGCGAUGCGAUCAGGGCAGAAUUACCCACAUCUUCUAGCGCAGCAGUUGAACGCCGAUCUCACUGAUCUAUCCGUUUCUGGUGCAACAUUGCUCAACAUAACAGUCGAUCCACAGUCUGCCACACACAUGACCUUCCCGCCGCAAAUCUCCAACCUCCCCAAAGAUGCCGAUAUAAUCACCGUGACUGCUGGGGGUAACGACAUAAACUACAUUGGCGGCAUGAUUGCCGACGCUUCCCAUGCCGACGUACAAUCAUCCGCGCCACUAUCACCCAGAGAGUUGGCAGAACGCCUAGGGGGAGUCCUCGACCAGAUACACAAACGGGCCCCGGGAGCUCGAGUCUUCCUUGUCGAAUAUCUUGCUGUCCUGGGACCUGGCACUCAAGCUGGUCGGGACAUCCCACUGACCCAGGAGAGAAUUCAGCACUACCGCGGUGUUGCGUCUGACCUGCAACAUGCAUAUUCUGUCGCUGUAAAAGGUCGAACUGAUUGGUGUGAGACAGUCCCAAUUCACCAACUCAGCCAGGGACAUGCACUUGGCAGCAAAGAACCCUGGGUUGGAAGCUUUACAUCAGGGCCGCGGUUCCAUCCCAACCUUAAUGGGAUGAAGGCCGUAGCGGAUAUUUUAGUUCAGACCAUCCGCAGAAGCACAUUGUCCAAAGCAUUGUUGUGA